AUGAAGUCCUCACCAUCCAAGACCCUUCUCUCUUCUUUCCUCGCUGCUUCUUUCGUCACCCUUUCACUCGCUCAACUUUCAGUCCCUGCCACUCUUCCAGGACAAUGGCAGUAUGAGGGCUGUUACACAGAUAUUCCGGGGCGGACCCUCACCGGCGGCGGCUAUGUCAACGGCACCCAUAUGACCGCCGAGACAUGCAUCAGCUAUUGCCAGACCCGCGGCUUCAAGUUUGCUGGAACUGAGUACAGCGUAGAAUGCUUCUGCGGUAACAGCAUUGCGCCUGCGGCUGCCCAGGUUGCGGACUCGGUCUGCAACAUGGCCUGCUCUGGAGACGCAACGCAGCCUUGCGGUGCGGGAAGCAGACUCUCGCUCUAUUCCACCACCGAAGACUUGGGUCCCAAGGCCAACCCAGGUGUAAAUGGCUUCACACAUAUGGGGUGCUACUCUGAAGGGACGACUGGCCGCACACUCACCCACGGGAUCGGCAGCAUUCCUGCUGGUGAGAUGACUGUUGCCAAGUGCACAGCUGCCUGUGCUGCGGCCAACUACAUUCUUGCUGGCGUUGAGUAUGGCGGAGAGUGCUUCUGCGGUAAUACUAUCUCCAACGGCGGUGCCCCUGCUGCCAGCGGCUGCAGUAUGACGUGCAACGGCAACACUACCGAGUUCUGCGGUGGCCCCAGCCGCCUCAACGUGUACAACUACCAGAACCAGUACACCCCGUCGUCAACUUCCAGCCCUCCUGCCGUAGCCACUACUGCGACUACGGCGACAGGCACCGUCUCUACCGGACCCCCUCCCCCUCCCAGCCCUACUCCUUCUGGGCCAUCACAGCCCGCCGCGGUCGGAGAUAACUACGUCUGGUAUGGAUGCUACACCGAGUCUCCCGGCCCUCGUGCCCUGAGCGGUGCCACCUAUGCUUCCGACGAUAUGACCCUCGAGUCCUGCCAGGCCUUCUGCUCUGCCUACACCUACUUCGGAACCGAAUAUGGCAGGGAGUGCUACUGCGGCAACAGCUUCACUGUCGGCUCCGUUGUGGCCCCUGCCGGUGAAUGCAGCAUGCUCUGCGCCGGCAACCCCUUCAACUAUUGCGGCGCCGGCAACCGUCUGUCGGUUUAUGCCAGGAACGGCACUUCCAUUCCCUCCGGCACAACCACCUCCGCUGCGCCAACCACGACCUCGCCUCCUCUUGUCGUCACUGGUCUUCCCGAAGGCUGGAGCUAUCAGGGAUGCUGGAUCGAUGGUGCUCAGGGCCGCAUUCUCCCCGUUCAGCUCGUCGACAGCCCCACCAACAGCCAGAGCGAGUGCGCGAGCCGCUGCGUGGCUGGCGGCUACAAGAUCAGCGGUGUCCAGUACACUCAGCAGUGCUUUUGCGGCAAUGCCAUCUUCAAUGGCGGCGUGACCACGUCCGAGUCUCAGUGCAGCAUGAACUGCCCCGGCAACCCGACCCAGAAGUGCGGUGCCGGUGACCGCAUGAACAUCGUCUCCGAGGGCGAACCUGAGAUCUACCAGCCUCCUGCUCCCCAGGUCCGCGGUCUCAACGGCUCGUGGGAGUACCAAGGCUGCGUUGAGGACAACGUCAACAACAAGCGCACCCUCUCCUGGCAGCUUUUCUUCCCUGGCGUCAUGACGCCUAACAUGUGUCUGAACAGGUGCAGAGAGUUCGGCUAUGCCGCUGCUGGUCUUGAGUACGGCGAGGAAUGCUACUGCGGUGAUCCUCCCAACAUUGCUGCCGCUGGCGCUACCUUCCGCCCAGAGACUGAGUGCGCCAUCACCUGUGCUGGCAACGCUUCGGCCAUUUGCGGUGGUCUCGGUCGUCUGACUACCUACUUUUGGACUGGCACCCCCCUCUACAGCUGGGGCUUCCCUCAGGAUUACCGUGCCGGCCAGUACCAGCACUUGGUCAACGGUGUCAACUGCCCGCUCAUCACUCAGGAGACCAUCACCGGCAAGGUCUCCUUCAUCUCCAAGGGUGGUACUGGCCCUGGCAACGAGACUGGUGUCUACGAGCUCGAUAUGCAAACCCUCACUUUCCGUGAGCUUCACAUCAAGACCGAUGUCUUCUGCGCUGCUGGCGUGACCCUCCCCGACAAGGCUGGUCGUCAACUCAAUGUCGGCGGUUGGUCCGGUGAGUCUCUCCAGGGCACCCGCAUCUACUGGCCUGAUGGAUCCCCCGGCGUCCCCGGCACCAACGACUGGGAGGAGAACGUCUGGGAGCUCAGCCUGCAAAGAGGCCGCUGGUAUCCCACCGCCAUGAUCAUGACCAACGGCUCCAUCCUCGUCAUUGGUGGCUCCAUCGGCGCCAACGACGCCGCCGAGCCCACCAUCGAGCUCCUCCCCGCCACCGGUGCUGCCCCAUUGGAAAUGGAAUGGCUCACCCGCACCCACCCCAACAACCUCUACCCCUUCCUCUCGGUCCUCCCCAGCGGCGGCAUCUUCGUCCAGUACUGGAACGAGGCCCGCAUCCUCGACCCCGUCACCUUCGCCACAAUCAAGGUCCUCCCCAACGCCCCCGGCGCUGUCAACGACCCCAAGGGCGGCCGCACCUACCCUCUCGAGGGUGCCGCUGUCCUCCUCCCCCAGCGCUGGCCAUACACCGACUACCUCGGCUACCUCGUCUGCGGUGGUUCAACAGAGGGUACCUCCAACGCGCUGGACAACUGCGUGUCCACCUACCCCGACGCCCCCAACCCCGUCUGGACCAUCGAGCGCAUGCCCUCCAAGCGCGUCUUGUCCUGCAUGUCUCCCCUCCCCGACGGAACAUACCUCAUCGUCAACGGCGCGCAGCACGGCGUGGCCGGUUUCGGCCUCGCCAACACCCCCAACCUGAACGCCGUGCUUUACGACCCCACCAAGCCCGUUCACAGCCGCAUGACCGUCAUGGCCAACACCACCAUCCCGAGAAUGUACCACUCCGAAGCCAUCACUCUCCUCGACGGCCGCGUCCUCAUCUCGGGCUCCAACCCCGAGGACGGCGUCUACCCCGAUGAAUACCGCGUCGAGGUCUUUGUGCCCCCUUACCUCCUCAACGGCCUCCCCAGGCCGACUUUUGCGAUUACAAACAAGGACUGGACAUACAACCAGACCAACAUCCCCUUUACCCUCGGCGUCGCGGCAAGGAACGGCCCCAUCACUGUUACUUUGUUGGCGUCGGUCUCUUCCACGCAUGGCAACUCCAUGGGCGCGAGGACGCUCAUGCCGAGGGUGAGCUGCGCGGGGACGGCGUGCACGGUUGAUGCCCCCCCCAACGUCAAUAUUGCUCCUCCGGGGUGGUACCAGAUGUUUGUUUUGGAUGGCGGUGUUCCGGCGAUUGGAAAGUACAUUCGCAUUGGUGGUGAUCCAGGGCAGUUGGGUAACUGGCCUGAGGGGCUUGAUUUUUCGAGGCCGGGGAUUUAAACGGGAGUUAUUUCAUGUCUGGGCGGUCUUGCUACAUAUAUACAGGGAGAUUUCUUUUACUUGUUAGUUUAGGGCGAACUUUUAUGUGGUGGAAAUCCCCCAUUUCAUGACGUUUUGCUUUUUUGGCUUAAUAUAUAUACCAUAAUUGCUAUCUGUUUUUGUCUUGCUUUUGGCUUUUCUUGGGAUCGGGGUAUGCGUCUUUCUUGCUCUGCAUUUGAUAUCGGCUUCUCGUCUAUCACUUCUCAUGGACCGGCGUGGUGGAGGAUGAUAUCAAUUUGUUGCAUUCACUUCCAGAGGGACCUGGCGGCAACACAGGCGUUUACAAUGUCAAGUUUCACCAUAUCACAGGUAGCUAUUUCACUCACUCGAAUAUCAAUACACACAGCAUGCAUGCCAUACCA